CAGUUAAGUGGCUGUGAGCCUUCAGAGCCGCAGCAGUAUAAAGGCAGAGCUGAACAUGUGACUGUGAGCGAGAGACAAAGGUGGAGACAUAUCUACUACAGACAGAGAGGAAGCUCAUCAUAUCCAGGAGGGCUUCUCAUUCUCGUCUGGAGAUGCUUCAUAUAUCAUGAGAUUCUUUCUAUAAGGGAGUAAUUGUGAGUUGCUUGGAGAGUUUUUCACCUGUCAGGAGGAUCAACUGUUGCUGCAGCCAGAGCUCAGUCAGAGACAAGCGUGUGUAUGUGUGUGUGUGUGUGUGUGUGUGUGUGUGUGUGAGUGCGUAAUUAUGGAUGUGUGCGAACGACACUCGGACAUGCACACAGCCGGUGAUGUGCAAUUAUCAUGGAAGAUAUACUGUUGUUGAUGCCUCGGAUACACCUUCAUCUGUCCUGAUGUGGAGAACCGGCUCUCUCUCACACUGAAUACUCUUUAUUCUUCACAUUAAGGACCUUUUUUGUGUAACUCACAGGCGUUUUGAUACAGUGACCUUGCCCGAUUUUGACAUCCAUCAUGCUGAUGAUGAUGAAGAACAGCGUAAUGGAUGCGCAUCAGGUUGAUAUCGAUCCGGAAUUUGAGCCUCACAGUCGGUCUCGGUCGUGCUCUGCUUGGCCGCUACUGGAGGAUUUCCCCGCCGGUGGAGAGGACGCAAACCUGGGUCUGGUUUCAGUCAAAGUGGAGAACGAGCAGUACAACGUGCCGGCGUCGUGCCAGCGUGCCGGGAAGAAAGGCGGCGCGCCGGCGGAGCUCCAGCACCCGACCGGAGCUCCGGUUCCCGGGGCGUCUGCGCUGGAUGCGGCCGGGCAGCUGCGCAAAGCCAAGUCCUCCCGGAGGAACGCGUGGGGGAACCUGUCUUACGCGGACCUGAUCACCCGGGCCAUCGAGAGCACCCCGGACAAGAGGCUCACCCUGUCCCAGGUCUACGACUGGAUGGUGCGCUUUGUUCCCUAUUUCAAGGAUAAAGGAGACAGCAACAGUUCAGCCGGAUGGAAGGAUAAAGGCGACUGCAAAAGUUCAGCCACAUGGAAGAAUUCAAUCAGACACAACCUCUCCCUGCACAGUCGCUUCAUCCGGGUCCAGAACGAAGGCACAGGGAAGAGUUCGUGGUGGAUGCUGAACCCAGAAGGCGGUAAAAUGGGGAAAGGACCGAGAAGACGGGCGGCGUCUAUCGACAACGGCCCCCGGUUUCUGAAGACGAAGGGCCGCGCGGGCCGUAAGAAGGCCGGCAUCGGACGGGGACAAGGAGCUGGACCCACGAUGCAAGGAUCCCCGGAGCACGGCAGUCCGGCAGGGAAAGGCGGUGUGGGCAUGGGGGGCGAGGAGUACGACACCUGGACGGACCUCCAUUCCCGCACCUCGUCUUCUGCAUCGACUCUGAGCGGCUGCCUGUCUCCCAUCCUGGCCGAGGCAGAGGCGGACGAACCUGAAGAAGGUGGACUGACCUGUUCCGCGUCCCCUCGAUUGUACCCCAGCCCAACAAGCACCCGAUCUCCAGCUUUGGGCACCGGGGGCCACUGCCCGAAUGUGGAGUUACCCCAACUGACGGACCUGACGGGAGCUAUCAGUCUAGACGAGAGCGGCUACCCCCAGUCACAGCAAAUCAAAUGCAACGGAUACCCAUUCGCGCCCAAAGCAGAGGGCUCCUUCUGCGCACCCAUGUAUGGACAGCCUUCCAUGGGAAUGCUGCGGCACCACACCCCCAUGGAGACCAUCCAGGAGAUCAAGCCAGUCAAUUUCCAGCGCCCGAUGAGGGGCUACUCGGAGAACAACGCCCUGCAGAGUCUGUUGACCGGAGGUCCUUCGUACUGCAGCAAAGACACAGUGCUGGGCCGGGAAACUCACUCCCUGAUGACGCAAGGGACCAACGGCGUGCACAAUCAGAGUCGAAGCCACAAUCACAGCCAAGAGCACAUUCUCAAUCCCAGUCUACAUAGUGGCUCGGGCCAUGACCAGAACACAACCCACCGUCAGAACCACAAUCAGGGUCACAAACACCAAGCCAGUCUCGACUACAGCCACAAGCCGCACCCGGCACACGACUACGGUCCCAGUCACGAGCACGGACACAACAAAGUAAACGAUCACAACCCUCGAUCCAGUCAGAGUCACAUGCACAACCCUCAGAAUCCUAUGCACCCGCAGGCCCUCUCCCCACGGGUCAGCACAGACAUCCUGCAGCCCUACAUCCUCAAGACCUCCAGUCUCUACGCUCCCCGACCACACCUCCCAACAUCGCCAUCUUUGCCGCCAAACCCCGCUGGAGUCAUGGACGUUCCCCAGGACCCCUGCCGCCUAGCAUCCGCUCCUCACCCCCGUCACCAGCCUUACCCCGGAGCUCACCUUCAGGGUAUGACCGACUCGUGGCACGGAUACUACCAUCACCACCAUCCGGGGUACCAUCAGCACAACUCCCACGCUAGAAUGGCCGCAAACCUGGAGAUGGAGAAUGUUGCGAAUAGUCUGGACUGUGACGUAGACUCCAUCCUGCUCAAUGACUUCAUGGACUCGGCACAGAGCAUGGAGUUCAACUUUGACGGCUCUCUGUCCCAAGGCAUGGGCAUGGGGAUGGGGAUGAGUUUGGGGGCGUUUGCAUGCCCUCCACCAGCACACAGCAACCAGAGCUGGGUGCCAGGGUGAACCCAUGCCCGAGGGUUGUUUUUUGGAUAGACACAUGACCAGAAAGCCUGGAUACUGGUGGGCUGUACCCUUGGACUGUGAUUUCUCUGAGACUGUAAAACUAAAUAUGUCAUUUUGUUUUCCCGGGGACUCUGGACCCCCUUCCCUCCCACUCUGUUUAUAAAGUCUACAUAUUGAACCUGCCCCCAAUGCACCCAGUCCUAAAACCUUCCCAUUUCUUAAUUCCCUUUAGUUUUUGUUGUGUUUUUUUUUUAAUGGUUUCCGCCCAAUUUCCUCCGGCCUGCCUGUCCACUUUUAUCGAUUUUCCAACCCAUUUGAGAUUCAAUCACGCCCACUUCCGCAUUUCCGUUGCUCCGGGCGACUGCGUCAUGGAUGUAUAAAGAGAACGUCCCCAUGAUAACAAUGCUGAAGUAAUAUCAACUUUACUGGCUUGGGAAAAAAACAAUAUUGGUCAUUUAUCAGUCAGUUUUUUUACAUUUUUACAGCGUUUUUAGGCAAACGGAAUAUAUUUGAUCCUUUGAGAGUGUUGGAAAUAUACUCAAAUUAGUAUGUAUCAAACAACAAAAAGACAAACUAUGAGGCUACAUUGUUUGCUAGUUUAAUUGUCUUAAAUCCAGGGUCAAUUGAUAUUAAAAGAUCCACUCAUAUUUAAUCAGCUAUGCAUAACUGUGAUUUUCUUUCAUAUCUGCUUCAGUGGGCGUGGUUAUAUCUCGACUGGGUUUGAAAAACAAUAGACGCUGCCUGUCCUAAGCUCUCAAGCACUUUACAUCAAUCCCUUUCUCCGUACAGAUGCAGUAACACAAAGUCACGUUGUGUGUUGGAUUAUGUUUAAUGUAUGCAAUCCACUUUACAGUAUUAUCUCCCACUACAAAGGAGGUGUUGUUUUUGACUCAAGUACAUGAUCAAACAGCUGCAUAAAUAUCUUUCAAUGUAGAGGUGCUCUCAGAUUAGGGGUUAAAGGCUUUGAGGUUUAGGGAUAAAGAAAAAAGGAGAUUUUUUUUGAAGAAGAGGGAACUAAAGGGAAGACGGUGAGGAAGGGAGCUCCACUGACUUCUUCCAGAGGACAGUCAUACAUCAACACAACAUGCAACCAUCAACACCGCUGCAAUGAAACACAACGUCCCUUCUUUAAUCUCCAAAGUAAUGCCAGAGCGAUGCAUCACUAUUGCAAAUCUAAUGCGCUAGUUUGUGUUUUUCCAACCCUCCUCCACCCUCCCCUCUCUCACUCUUCAACUCCGGACACACCGGCUUAAUGUGUUUUGGCGAAAGUGAUGAUUAAAGUCACUCUGCACUAAAUGGGGGAGGGAUUGCAAAAGGGGGGUUGGUGGAGGGGGAGAUGCAAAUAUUCCCUCUGUGCCUCUUCCUCUCCAUUUUGUGGAUUUAUGUAGCUUUCCCCGUAAUGAAAUAAGCAACGAUCAGAGCCUGCUGUACAUCCUGAGCCGCUCUCUGAUUGGCCGACUCCUCAGCUCCUUUAACGGCUGACCCCAGAACAGCUUUCGGUCAGAACAGGAUGUUGAUGGAGCUGCCGUCCUCAGACCCCGGUCAACCUCGUCUAAUUCACUAACACCCAGGUUCAAAGCCCUGCUCGGUGCUUUUUUCACUCCUCGGCAUCAGCAGAUUACUAUUUGGUGCUAUCUCCUCUUCCCAGGCUCCCCUCCUAUCGCACCGCCCCAUCCUGGAGGUUACUCGGAGGGUAAACAAGAGUAAUUAACCGCCAAACAAGACGGAUGAUUUAUGCAAGUGUGUGUAUUCGCUCAUAGGUACAAAGUCAUAAUUCUUAAUCCAAGAACAAGGAGGGCGAUUUUGUUGAGAGGUGAUGCCCAGCAACAAGGUAAAGCUGAAAAAACUGAAACGUUGACUUUAAUUAAAUGUAGUUUGUCAACAGAUUUCACUUAACUGUAUGAGGUUAAUUGAAAGCAUAAUAUUAGGUUGAAGUUAAUAUUUUCUAUUAUAAAUAAAUAAAGCUUUAUUUAUACAGCACUUUUCAUACAACACAUGCAGCUCAAAGUGCUUUACGAAAUG